AUGUACAUGUUCUUUGAAAGUUCUUCGAACAACUCCGUAAGUACAGAAUGCGUCUCAAUCCGCAGAAAUGCACUUUUGGGGUCACGGAAGAAGGAUACUCCAUUUGUAUGGAUAGACAGGUGCCAAGCGGCAUUCACGUCCAUUCAGAAAUACUUGCAGAACCCUCCAGUUCUCAUGCCGCCGAUUCCUGGGAAGCCAUUGAUACUUUAUUUAUCUGUGAAUCCUUCAUCCAUGGGGUGUUUACUAGCUCAAGAAGGAGAUAAGGGUGUCGAGAAGGCCAUUUAUUAUUUAAAAUUCGAUCUUGAGUACGUUACGAGGAAAUCAGUAAAGGGGCGAGCAGUGGCGGAAUUCUUAGCCAAUCAUCCUAUUGAUGGACCGGAGGACUCAGAUUUUGUGUUCCCGGAUGAGGAAGUACUAACGGUUGUCGAAGAUGUGUGGACACUUUACUUCGACGGAGCAGCCAACCAGAAUGGAUAUGGAAUCGGAGUGCUGUUGAUUACACCUGAUGGUUCUCACAUUCCGCUUGCGUUCAAGCUCAACUUCGAUGUCACGAACAACCAAACGGAGUAUGAGGUUCGUGAAGAAAAGUUGAAGCUUUACCAUCAGGACUUGGAGGAUCUCAUUCCUCGUUUCAAUAAGGUUACUUUCACUCAUAUUCCCCUCUUGAAGAAUCAAUUCGCCGAUGCCUUGGCAACUUUGGUUUCCAUGGUCAAACUUCCUUUGGGUGACAAACUGCGCCCUAUUCUGAUCGAACAACGGGACUAUCCUGCCUAUCAGUAUGUCAACUCCAUUGAUGAUGUGGGCGAUGGCCUACCCUGGUGCCACGACAUAUGGAAUUUUGUUGAAAGUGGGAAGUAUCCGGCUGAUGCUUCUAAGAAGGAUCAACUUGCAUUACGAAGGAUAGCGGCCCAAUACAUCCUUUGUGGGGGAAAAUUAUACAAGAGAUCCCAUUGUGGGAUGCACAAGCUCUGUGUCAGUGGCUCUGAGGCCACAAGGAUUAUGGAGGAGGUUCAUGAGGGAGUCUGUGGUCCUCAUAUGAGUGGUGUCAUGCUUGCUAGGAAAAUCCUACGACAGGGUUACUUCUGGUUCACGAUGGAGUCUCAGUAUGAGUAUGAGAAUGCAUAUAUGAAUUGCUUCCUAUUUGGCAUGACUUCUCAUUGGCCUUUCUCUGUGUGGGGCAUUGAUGUUAUUGGCAUGAUCAGACUGUCUGCUUCAAACGGUCACCGGUUCAUUUUGGUGGCGAUAGAUUACUUUACUAAGUGGGUGGAGGCUGAAUCCUUCAAAACCCUAACUGCAGUUCAGGUGGCCCAUUUUAUUAGAAAAAACAUCAUCUAUCGAUAUGGUGUGCCUCAAGCAUUCGUAUCAGAUAAUGGGACUCAUUUCAAAGGUAGGGUUUUGGAAUUGUUUGAAAAGUUCGGAAUCCAAAUCCAUCAUUCAAUUGUUUAUCGCCCUCAAACGAAUGGAGCCGUUGAAGUAGCAAAUAAGAAUAUUGAGACGAUUAUCAAAAAGUCUGUUGAGUCCGCCCGGGACUGGCAUGAGCAACUACUUCUAGCACUAUGGGGGUACCGGACGUCAAUUCGUACAUUGACAGGAGCAACACCCUAUUCUUUGGUUUACGGGAUGGAAGCAGUACUCCCUAUUGAACUUGAGGUGCUGUCAUUGAAAAUUAUGGCAGAGAUCGCACGGGCUUUCAACAAGAAGGUGAAAUCUAGGAACUUGGUUGAAGGAGACAUGGUUAUAAAGGAGAUUCGGGCGCCUGUGUUCGAUCCCCAUGGCAAGUUCCGUCCGAAGCGUUCAGGGCCUUACUUCAUCAAGACCAUCCUUUCUGGGGGAGCAGCUCAGCUUAUAGAUCUCGACAGCAAUGAAUUUUCCACUUUGGUGAACCUAGAUCAACUCAAACGUUGCUUGAGAUCGUUAUCUAAGAUUUUGGAUAAAAAUGAGAGUUUAAUGAAGUUUGGGGUUAAAGAGCAAAGUGAUUCAAAAUUGAAUGAUUUAUUCCCAGUUACCUAA